UGGAAGGAGUAAUUUUGUCCGCUUGUUAUUAACUUGGAGUGUUGGAGGGUAAAAACUAAAAAAUGAUAUAGAAGGGACAAAAAUUAAAGACCAGCCCAAAAUAGGAUAUUUGUGCUAAUGGCCCGUUUUUGUCAGUGGGUCUUUUGUAGCCCGAAUUUAUUGGGCCUAGUUUAAGUCACCGUAUUUGAAGUUCAACAGAAAGAAAAGCCCAAGCCAAAGCAAACUCAGUAAACUCAAGCAAGCAUAGAGAGAUCAAGAAAAGAAUAUUCUCCUAAAAGAAAUGGAAAGUCAUUACAACAACAGAGGAACAUUGUCCUCAUAAAACAAGGAGCACCACUUUCAAACCAGCCUUCUUCCUUAGGGUUUUCCCUAGGGCUUAAAAACAAUUUCCUCUUCAUACAAUUUUUUUUUUUCAAAACCUUAACCAAAAUCAGAUGUUUCAAGUCGUUACAAUUCCUUACUUGUAAAAGCUAAAAAUACAAUCUUUAUAAUUAUUGGAUCAAGAAUGGAAGCAAGAGUAGGUGUAUCAGGACAAAAGUUUUUACAACAACCUCAGAAACAGCCACAACCACUUCAACAACAUCAUCAUUAUCAUGCACAACCACGACAGCCACAACCUGAACAACAACCUCAGAUUGGUACUGUACCACAGCUACUUGCUGGUGGCAUUGCUGGUGCUUUUAGCAAAACUUGUACCGCUCCCUUAGCCCGCCUCACUAUUCUUUUUCAGGUUCAAGGUAUGCAUUCAGAUAUUGCAUUAUUGAGCAAGCCCAGCAUAUGCCGUGAGGCAUUGCGAAUUGUCAAUGAAGAAGGAUUCAGGGCUUUUUGGAAGGGGAACCUUGUCACUAUUGCUCACAGGCUUCCUUAUUCCUCGGUCAAUUUCUACGCUUAUGAACGCUACAAGAGUCUAUUGAAAUCAAUUCCUGGUCUGGAUGCUAAAGGAAGAAAUGCGGGUGCAGAUGCUUUUGUGCACUUUGUUGGUGGUGGAUUGGCUGGAAUUACAGCAGCUGCUGCCACCUACCCGUUGGAUCUUGUCAGAACAAGAUUAGCUGCACAGAGGAAUACAAUAUACUAUCAGGGCAUUGGGCAUGCUCUUCGUACCAUUUGCAGAGAUGAAGGCAUUUUUGGUUUGUACAAAGGGCUUGGUGCUACAUUACUGGGUGUUGGACCUAGCAUAGCAAUAAGCUUUUCUGUCUAUGAGGCUUUGAGAUCUUACUGGCAGAUUCAGAGGCCCGAUGAUCCUACUAUUGCAGUCAGUCUUGCUUGUGGAAGUCUGUCAGGAAUUGCAUCUUCCACUGCAACUUUCCCUUUGGAUCUUGUGAGGCGAAGAAAGCAGUUGGAAGGAGCAGGAGGACGUGCACAUGUGUACAAUACGGGCAUAAUGGGUAUUUUUAAGCAUAUAAUCCGAACUGAAGGAUUUCGUGGCUUGUACAGAGGAAUAAUGCCCGAGUACUACAAAGUGGUUCCCAGCGUGGGAAUUGUGUUCAUGACGUACGAGACACUGAAGAAGCUUCUCUCUGAAGGGCCUUUUGAUUCUUGACAUUUUCAGUUCUUAUAAAAAAAAAAGCCCCAAGGUUCAGUUUUGUUUGAGUUACUAGUUAGGAAGAAAGUUUUUAAGUAUCGAUAUGGUAAUUAGUAUUUAAACAUGAGAACAUUCACACGGCGGUAAAUUUUGUGGUUGCUGCUGUUUAACUUGGUUUUUGUUGUAUAGCCAUUGAAAAUCACUAGCGUCCCACAUCAAUUGUAUCUCUAGAUAUUUUAGGCUGGUUAAUUCUUAGGAUUUUACCUUUCCUUUUAUCAUCUUAGAUGAUGAUUGUAUCACCCUUACAGUUUUGUUUGUGGGAACCUUUUUUUCUUAUUCUCCUUUUUGUCUUCCCAUUUUUUAUCUAGUGGUUCUUUUGGCUAAGUUUAGGCUAAUGCCUUCAAGAUAUUGUAAGGAUCAACGGAGUAUAUCUUGGUACUGCUUGGCAAUUGUAAUCGAAGAGGACUCUUAAGUUGA